AUGUAUUCUUUCCUGACAUCGACAUCACAGCAGAUCGUCAUAUCAGCAUCGACACGCGGCAAUAUGGGAAUCCCAUCGGAGCAGGCGUCCAACGCCCUGCUAUACUGCACAUACGCGGCGUUUCUCGUCUUUGGGCUCUUCAUCGCAUGGAGACUUCGUGGACAAUCGGCAGGGGAAUGGUUGUCAGCAAACAGAACUCAAACGGGCAUCCCGCUCGCCUUGAACUUCAUCGCAGCCGGUGAGUGUAGCCGUCGGGUCGCAAGACCGGUUUGA